AUGGGCAAUCCUCCCCCCGUUCGUCGGGGCUCUUCCACAGGCCAUCUUCCACAGCCGCUUGCGCCCGUGACUCCGAAAUCGAACAAAUAUCCUCCUCCUCCGCCGCCGCCCACGACGACGAUAGCUCCUCCAGAACUCGAUGGUCCCGUCCAUCCUUCUCUCCUCCAACCCCGCGUCGCCGUCGUCCUCAAUGUCCCCACACCAUGGCAUCCGUGGCUCUUCGUCCUGAGGCUCAUCUCCAUCCUGCCAGCGCUGUGGUGGGGACUGCCCUCUGCGCUUCAGCUGCUCAUGCGGGUGGUCCCAGGACCGGAGGUGGUGUUCGUCGUACCCUCGACGACAGGAGGAUCUGUGGCUAUGAGUUACGAGGCAGACACGCGAUAUACCUUGACUGAGACUGGCCUUGGAACGAUAUGGUGUUUCGCCUCGGGAUAUCUAUCCUUUUUCUUCACGGAUUGUCUCAUGUCGAGAUGGCUCAUCAAUUACACUCCUCAAGCAACCAUGGUCCGACUUCUCACAACAAACAUAUGCAAUGCAUACCUCACUUCAACCUUCCUUUCUCUGGCCGGCGGAUUUGAAGACCCUCGCCUCCUCCUCCCAGGCUGGAUUGGCAUAGCCACUACACUCACCGUGUUGUACCACAUCACGCACCAGAAGAUCAACAUCCGCAAGGAAACGUCAACGUCGAUUAAUGUUUUCUCGAUAGCCAGCUUCUUCAGCAUGGUGACUUUGUUGGCACACAUGCACCAGUUCACGCCCGAAUAUCCCCAGAUGCCGAUUGCAGCAAGGGCGCAGCGUGUAUGGGACGAGGUAUCGCGUGUUGUUGCUCAGGCGAGAGCUCAGGCGAGGGGGAGCAUCGAGCAGCACGAUGGCUUGUAG